UUACCAAAUAACAAAAUUAAAUUAAUUAGUGGUGUUGGUUCGCCUGAAGAAAUUUUAAGUUUAGUAGAGUUAGGUGUCGAUAUAUUUAGUACAAACUAUCCAAAUUUAAUGACUGAAUGGGGCAAUGCACUUGUAUUUAAAUAUACAUGGGAUGAUGUCACCAGUCAAAAUGAUACAAAUCAAUCAGCAAAUAAAAUCAAUCUUUGGGAUACCAAAUAUGUAAUUGAUACCACACCGUUAUUUGAUGGUUGUGAAUGUUUUACCUGUAAACAACAUACCAAAGCAUAUAUUCACCAUCUUUUAAAUACUCACGAAAUGUUAGCCGAAGUUUUAUUAACAAUUCACAAUGUAUCACACUAUCUUGGUUUCUUUGAAGAAAUUAGAAAAAAUAUUAAAGAAAAUAAAUUUGUCCAAUAUAAAAAGUCAUUUUUGGAAAAAAGAAUUCAAAUUAACAAUAAUGAUAAUUAUAAUUAA